GUCGGGUGCUCGGGAAGCCCUCAUCUGUUAAUCGUGCUCUGUUACAGCGGACGGGCUUCGUCUUUACGCCUCUCUGGAGUCGAGGCGUCGGAGAGAGCGGCGAAGGGUGUCGCGAGCGAUCGAGCAGGAAACCCUAUUUAUCGAUCGAUCCCCACUUGGAAUCGAGCCCUCGAGAGAAAACAGUCGAUGUCGGAGGUGUUCUCUGUGGUUUUUUGAGGGUUUUAAUCGGCCAUGGCGCUUGGGAAGCUCACCAUCGUCCUCGGAGCGGGUUUAAUUGGGUCCAUGCUUACGAAGGAUAGGAAUCUAUCUGAUAUUACACCCCUUUUUUCUGGUGCUUUCAGGAUUUUUACGAAGCACCUGCAACAAGAUAAAGACAACCCUCGGUCCACUAGCAAACCCCAAACUGAUUCUCUGUUAGCUCAGGUUAACACACUUCGAGAGGAGCUGCAACUCUUGGCAUCAUCAAGAUCAGUUACAAUUGUUACUGGUGAUGGAUCAGAUUCCAGAAGAAACAGGGUAACAGCCAUUAUUGUUGUUGGAGCUCUUGGAUAUGUUUUUAUAUGGUGGAAGGGAUGGAAACUUUCAGACAUGAUGUUUGUGACACGGCGUGGCUUAUCUGAUGCUUGCACUCGAGUAGGCAAGCAAUUGGAGCUACUUUCAUCAUCUAUUGCAGCUGCCAAGCGACAGAUAUCUUCAAGAAUGGAUCGUGUAGACAGUAAUUUGGACGAGUGUAAGGAGCUUGCUGCUGCUACCAAAUGUGAGGUCUCACAACUGCAUGGGGAUUUAAGUCUGUUCCAUACUGAAGUUGAAUCUGUUCACCGUGCUGUCCAGACUCUGGAGACAAAGCUUGGACGAAUAGAGGGAAGUCAGGACUUUGCGACCAGAGGAGUCUAUCAGCUUUGCCAGUUUGUUGAGAGAUUGGAGCAGGGAAGAAACCAAGAGUUUCUUCAGGACUCACCAACCACUUCUCAGCGAGCUAUUGAACUUCCACAAACUUCUUCAGUAGUGGCAAGGACGAGUUCUUUGCCACCUUUAGCAGUAGAAUCACCAUCACCAUCAUCAACAUCGCCGUCUAUUGCUCUUGAGAGCCCUAGGAUUCUGCGAUCAUCAACUGCUGUAUCAGCUUCAGGCCUAAAGGAGCUGCAGGAUAUUUCAAAUGCAAUUAAACCAGGAAGCAUGAAAUCAAAUAUGAUGUCUGGAAAUACCUCUGAAGUCUCCAAUGGAACUACUGAAGAACCAAAUGGCACUGCACCAAGUUCCAGUCGGUCCAUCUGGAAGUCUACGGAGGAACAAAACAGUGCUGUGCCAAGUUCCAGCCGGUCCAUGUGGAAGUUGCCAAGCAUCAGUUUUCUCUCGAGAACCCGCAGUUCUGCUACCUAACCACUUGUUGGGUUGCCAAAGAAUUCCUCCGAGUUCUGGGAUGAUGUAGUUUUCGCCACAGGUUAAAGAGAGGGGUAGCGCUCUAAAUUUCAUAAUACAAACCAAACACCAAAUUUUUGUAGAUGUAAAGAUCAUUGGCAAGCAAUUGGUUCAGAAUUGCCCUCUUUAUCAA